AUGUCUUUUCUACGAACUGCUUUCGCUUCUCUCUAUCUCGCCGCUGCCGCGUCCGCCCUGACCCUCAGCGACUGGAACUCCUCCGGAAAUUCGUGCGGCAGCGUUACCUGGAACGGCAAUGCGGACAAGCCCGUCUUUUAUUUUGAAGGCUUCGACGCGACGCUGAGUGCUGGCCAAAGUGCGAACUGCGCGGUCCAUCUCCAGUUUGCCAGCGGUCGUCCGGGCUACCGCCUUGUCCUCGACGAGGUCUCGACAUGGGGAAACCUCCGCCUCGAUGCGGGCGGCGCGGCCACAUUUUUCACCACCUCGUUCUGGUCUGAGUCUGCUGCCGACACGGCAAAUGACCGCUUGGAGUCUGCAACCAGGUCGGCUUUUACGGGAGAUGUGGCAAUUGAUGCGACAAGCCUCUCGCUUGCAUCGGGCUGCGUUGGUGCUUCUGGCGCGGGUGGUAUCUUGAACGUCAACUUUAGAGUUGUUGCCGAGGACGGCACCGUUCGGUUUGGUCCCGAGAAGGGAUCCAAAAAGGCGGCCGUCUCACAACACUUGGCUUUGAAAUGGGUGGCAUGCUAG